AUGGAGGCGAAGAAGGAUGCGGAGGGUGCAGCACGGAAUCGAUCAUCUCCUACCUGCUCCUCCAUGUGCUGCAAGAGCAUUGCCCUGGCUUUCUUCUUCAUCUUCCUCAUCAUUGGGCUGUUUGCGGGACUCUUGAUUGCAUACCUAAAGCAAGAGGAAUACAAUUUCAUGGAGACCGUUGAGUUGAAAGGACUCAAAUAUAAUUCCAGUCUGCAAGAUCAGACGGCUGCGUUUCCCAUAUUGCUCUCCAACGUGCUGAACACAAAGAUCAAACAUGUUUUUCUGGCUUCAACUGUAGCAGAACAUUUUGUGAGCAGUAACAUUGUAAUGUAUGGGAAUGUCAAUGACAAUGUGAUGGCAGCCAUCACGCUGACCUUCAAGAUGUCCAAGGCAGAGAAGUACUCUGCUGACUUCAUCCAGGAUGUCAUGAGAGCAGGCCUAGAUUCUUUCUUCAAUGGGCGUACCCUGGUGAUUCCACAAUUUGGGGAGAUCAGCGCUAUCAUUUUGCACGGGGCCAGUGGGAAGUCGUUCUAUAAUAUUGGAAAUAGAGAAGCCACCUGUCCGGAGAAUACUUUUCCUUGUGACAACGGGCAGUGCAUCACAAAACCCAACCCUGAGUGCGACUUCCUGCAGGACUGUGCUGAUGCUUCUGAUGAGUCUCACUGCAACUGCGGAACACGUCCUGCCAUGAGCAGCCGUGUGGUGGGCGGCGUGGACACCCGUGGAGGGGAGCUGCCGUGGCAGGUCAGUUUGAGGCUUCGUGGCCAGCACGCCUGCGGGGCUUCCAUAGUCAAUGAGAAAUGGCUGGUCAGUGCUGCCCACUGCUUUGAAAGAGACAAUGACCCAAAGGACUGGACUGCCCUGGUGGGGGCCACUCUGUUGAGCGGGACAGAGACGGAGUCCAGGCUCAUUAACAUCACAACCGUCAUUGUGUCGCCGAAUUAUGACCCGGAGACCACCGACAGCGACGUGUCCGUGCUGGAGCUGGAAACCGCCCUCACCUUCGGCCCUUACAUUCAGCCCAUCUGCCUGCCCUCCCCCUCCCACAUCUUCAGCCAGGGCCAGGAGUGUGUAGUGUCUGGGUGGGGGGCUCUCCAUCAGUUCAGCUUCGAGCUGCCAUCUGCUCUUCAGAAAGCGGUGGUGAAGAUCAUUGACUUGGGCGUGUGCAACGGGACCGCUGUGUACAAAGGAGCCAUCACCAACAACAUGCUGUGCGCUGGCUUUCUGCAGGGAAAGGUGGAUGCCUGUCAGGGGGACUCCGGAGGCCCCUUGGUUUGCGAGGAUGCCCCUGGACGCUUCUUCUUGGCGGGAGUGGUGAGCUGGGGAGUGGGCUGUGCUAUGGUCAACAAGCCUGGGGUGUACUCGCGUGUCACGAGGCUGCGGAGUUGGAUCCUCAUCCACACUUCGCCCAGCCUGGGUCCUCCGGCGCCGGUAGCACCUGCUACGCCCAUGACUACGCCGGCCAAAGACCGCUCCGCCAGGAUUUUCACCGCAAGUCCCGUUCCAGCCAUAAACUGUAGCGGUAACUUCCAUUGCGGUGCGGGUGUAUGCGUGGGCAAGGUCAACCCUGAGUGUGACGGGGUCAUCGACUGUGCAAACAAAGCUGAUGAGAUGAACUGCGACUGUGGGAGUCGACCGGCGGUGGGGCCCCAGAGGAUCGUGGGCGGCGUGGCGGCACGGAGGGGUGAGUUCCCAUGGAUGGGCAGCCUGCAGCACCAGCGCUCCCACCGCUGCGGAGCCACACUCAUACACUGCAAGUGGCUCCUGACGGCGGCCCACUGCUUCCUUAGCGAUCCCAACCCUGGUGGCUGGACCGUCAGCCUGGGCUCCGUGAUCCGCUCGGGUGUAGGCGCUUUGGUCAUACCCAUCCAGAGGGUCAUCCUACACCCGGGCUACAACAGCACCAAUAUGGACCUUGACGUUGCCCUGCUGGAGCUAUCAGUCCCAGCGCCACAGUCCUACACCAUUCGGUCGGUCUGCCUCCCCUCCCCCGUGCACAGCUUCCUGAAGACAGCAGAUUGCUACAUUGGCGGCUGGGGUUCUUUCAAGGAAGGGGGAACGCUGACCAACCUCCUGCAGAAAGCCCAACUCGAGAUCAUCGAUCAGCCCGAGUGCCAGCAAGCCUAUGGCAACGGGCUAACUCCCAACAUGCUGUGUGCAGGGUUCAUGGAAGGUGGCAGAGACACGUGCAUGGGAGACUCUGGGGGACCUCUGAUGUGCCAGGAACCGUCAGGCCGCUGGUUUAUUGCCGGGGUCACCAGCUGGGGUCGUGGAUGUGGACGGACUGGCUUCCCUGGGGUUUACGUGCGAGUCACUGCCAUUAGAGAGUGGAUAUCCCAGCACCUGCCUUUCUAACGUCGUCCAUUUCACAUCCCACUCCACCCAUGACACCAACACCACGUGCACUCCCCACCACCCGUGGAAAUAAGACAACGCUGUCAACCUCUUUGCCUGCACAGGCAAAUUUGCAUCAUAUGACUUGUAUUUAUUUUAAUAUUUAUUGAGCUGUAUGUUAAAAUUAAGUACAAUAGUGUGUACAGUGCUGUAAAGGAGAUGUUACAUGAACAUGUCUUUGACAGCACCAUCUUACCUCCAGAGGCAUCCUAUAUUGUAAAACUCUUGUUCAUCAUUCUGACCACCUGUGCCUUUUUCUUCAACCUGUACAUCGACGUGUCACUGUUCCACGUGUGUGCAUGUUACGGUAAAUAUUAAAACGGCAAAAGCUCUGCACUUCCUGUCUGUGUGGUAAAUCUGCAUGAUUACUAGAGAACACAAAAAUGUUCUAUUUUUGACAGGAAAAGUGAAGGUGUACAUUACAGAGAACGGAUGUCCACUCUUAACAGGAGACACCCAACUAGUUCAGUCCAGCUUCUGACAACCCCCGUGGCUGCUGGAAUUUUAACUGACCUUAAGUAUUUACGUAGAGUCGGGAGAUAAGAGAAGAAUGUUGAGAGCCCUAAAUAUCAUACUGAGGAAAAAAAGGGUUCGUUGACAACUUUCUACAUUUUCCACAAAAUGAGUGAUUUCCAUUUAUGAACUUUACAUUAUUGCUCAAAAGCCUAAUGUAUGCCUUACAUUCAAAUGUAGUGUUUUGUGAUGAUCACAUAGCCUAUAUGAACAUUUUAUUAGAACAUAUGCACCAGCAUAUUUGGAACAUCUCUAUAAAACUAUACCUACAAAUGAAUAAUAAUGAAUUCAAGAAAUGGGCAAAAUUUCCAAUUCAUUAAACACUGACUCAGACAUGGUAGGCUUUAUAAGUGCCUACGAAAAGGAUGAGCCUUGUCUAAGACCACUGCACUAUCAUUUGUACCUCUCCUGGUAUAAAAAAAAAAAAUUUACCACACAAGUCAUAUGUAUACAGUACCUAUUUUUCCCAUUUACUGUGAGCUACACAUACAUAUGGUCUUGACCGGUACAACUAUCGGUGUGCAGCACUUUGUUCCAGUAUACGUGUGCUUUCUACAGAAUAAAGUAUGUGCACUGGUCUCAGCAUGUGACAGACGCAUUCUUAGUGCUUUAUAAACUAUAAGGCAGUUCUCCAAAAACAAAAACUCAGCCAGGAUAUUGUACUUACACACUGUUCUCACAUGAGCAGCACCUUAACUGAGUCUCCUUUCAAACUACAGUUGAAAUCCUAUGAAAAGAGCUUUCAUAGCCAUUUAAUGAAAGGACACAUAUUCUAUUGUCACCAAAAUGCACUUGUUUGACCAAAUGCUAUACCAGAUGUCAAAUAAACCCUCAAAUCAUAGAGAAUAUUGGUGGUCUCUGUAGCUCGGGCUGAUGGUUGAGAUGUUCGGUUGUUCGCCGAGCUUGGCAUUUAGGUUGCAAAUGUUUCAUCACCAGUCGA